UUAGCAGGAGUCACCCGUAUGGUUUUCUCCCAGCCCAGUGCUCUGCCUCUCCUUCCAAGGUCCCACGCAGAUAGUUAUGUAACAGUGACAACUCCCGCACCACACCGAACCUCUGGGCAAGGAAGGCCAGUCUCCAGUCUCGACUGCAACCUUAGACAAAGACAAGGUGCUGGAGCAACCAAUGGAAAAGACAAGACGUCUGGCGAAAACGAUGGGCAGAAGAAGGUUCAAGAAGAGUUUGACAUCGACAUGGACGCGCCCGAGACAGAACGUGCGGCUGUGGCCAUUCAGUCCCAGUUCAGAAAAUUCCAGAAGAAGAAGGCAGGGUCCCAGUCCUAGCAGGGGAGCCCCUUGCUAGUCUGCCGGGAGACACCGAGUUCAACCAUCAUCCGUCAAGCAAUGAAAGGAAACAUCCGCGAGAGCCAUCACCCGCACACAGCACACGCCCCGCAGCCCCACAUGCAUGUACAGAGCCCCUGACACUCACUCACGCCCUGUAGAAGGUGUAGGCCAUGCCGCUGAGCGUGGCUUUAUCUCUGUGUUCAUCUCCAGUAUCAUUCCUCCUGCAACCGCUUUCCUUGGUGUUGUAAUAAAGUGGAGCUAAGAUGCGUGAUUCAA